AUGUUUUUAUCCGCUAGGUUUAAUAGGGCGAUCGAUGAAGUAACGUGGCCGCAGUCGCUGAAGAAGCUCACGUUCGGCUGCAACUUUAAUCAGCCGGUUCUAGGGGUACAGUGGCCUCCGGAGCUAGAGGUCCUCACGUUCGGGAGCUGGUUUGACCGCCCCCUGGCCGGAGUACGCUUCCCGGACACUCUCGCGACCCUUACCCUGGGGAGGGACUUCAACCAGCCUCUUGAAGGCAUCCAAUGGCCGCAGCGGCUGGCUCGUCUGACUUUCGGGUUCUUCUUCAACCGGUCCAUCCGAACCGCCGCAAAGAACUGGCCGUCCACGCUCAAGCACCUGUCCCUAGGGGACUGCUACAACUUGCCUGUCGAAGACGUGGAGUGGCCCCGGGGGUUGGAAGAGAUAUCGUUCGGUCGCGGGUUCAACCAAGAAGUUGAGGGAGUUGAAUGGCCUCCGGCCCUGAGAAAGGUCAAGUUCGGGGCUUGCUUCGACCAAAGCAUCGCCGGUGCCGGCUUUCCAGAAGAGUUGGAGACGCUUGAGCUAGGGUUCGCCUUCAACCGUCCGUUCCUUGACGUCGUUUUGCCAAGUGGACUUAAGAGGCUGGUGUUCGGCGAGGAGUUCAACCGUGCCGUGGAGGGCGUCGGUUUUCCGCCGGGGCUGGAGGAGAUUAACUUCGGCGUGCAGUUCGAUCAGCCGGUAGCCGCUGCGGUCUGGCCCGCAUCGCUGAAGAAGCUGACGUUUGGGGACAGCUUCAACAAGCCGCUGGCUGGGAUAGGGCUUCCCGACGGCCUGCUGGAUUGCCGCUUCGGGAAGUGUUUCAACCAGGAGAUCGAGCAAGUUUCGUGGCCCCACAGCGUGCGUUGUCUAGUGUUUGGCGAGGAAUUCAACCACCCCAUCUGCAACGUAGUUUGGCCCGAAUCGCUGACGACGCUGAAGCUGGGGAGCGACUUCGACCGUAAGAUGGAGGCCGGGGUCGUGUUUCCUCCGGGCCUGGAUAGGAUAGAGUUCGUGGACACCUACAGACGUGUGGAAAGCGGCGGAGAGGACAGCAGUUGACCUGUUCCGGUUUCUCGCCGAUAGAUGGGCCGUUUAGGAGAGCUGGAGUGUGACUGAUUGGGAAGGCCUUUGUGG